AUGGCGGCCACGUCAGUUCCUCUGUAUUCUUCGUCUUCACAACCUCCUUUGGAUAUGGAGGUAGAUCCACCGGUGGACGAGUUUUCGUUUGGUCCUCCAAUGAGUCAAGAUGCCUCUAUGUACUCUGGAUCCAUUGAGGCGCAGGAAGAAUUCAUGGAAAGCGGUCGGAAAGACGACGCGAGUGGAGGCCCUCGGUACAGAUUUCCUUUCUAUUCGCAAAUUUUUAACAAGAAAAACUACGACUGGCUCUUAGAGGUGGAUGAAAGUAGCGACGACUUUAACAAGCCACUGCUGUAAGUACACUUUUGAACAGGAAUUAACUUUUUUCUUUGAAGAAGAAAGAGCAAGGGAAAAUCUCUGUGAAGCUCAUACCCGAGCAAUGUUUAAUAAGCGUAAACAUUGAUUUCGGACAAAUUAUUCAAUAUGCUUUUUUCCUGCAAUCAUACUCAAAGAAGUACAAAACCAGCGGAAUCUUACAAAACCAACUGUUCAUCAGAAUGAGAAAUACAACUGGAGCCAAUUAACAAAGUCUGUCUUUAGUUACAAGAAUGUUACUCUGGAAUAUUGAGUAGGGUCCAUUUUGAGGGAUGGAACUUACAAUAAUAAAGAGAGUUUUUCUUGUACAUAACUGCAUUUUACAAAUUACAUCAUAAAAUAUUUUCAGUGGAAUUUCUGUGGUAUACUAGGCCCCAUGGAUAGUGAUUUAUCCAGUUGAUAGCGUCAUCCACCUUUUCAACAACCAGGCCGCGGUUGUUCAAACAUUGGAUAGUGCUAUCCACAGGAUAAAAAUCUAUCCAAUGGAUAGUGCAAUUCGUUUCCCUAAUACUUAUCUGCUGGAUAGAGAUUUAUCCGGUGGAUAGCGCUAUCCAACAUUUGAACAACCGGGGCCAGGUGUACAAUAAUCAUUAAGGUUGGAUAUGUCCCUAUAUGCAUGAGUGUGAUAACAAUAAUAGUGUCAUCAAUAUUCUGUCAUCUUGAGAAGUAAUAUUGUUGGCAUUACCUCAUAAUAAUAUUUACUGUGUUUUUCCAGUGAAGAACUUGACAUUGAUUUGCAAGAUAUCUACUACAAGGUGCGUUGUGUUGUGUUUCCAAUUCCAUCACUGGGAUUCAAGAGAGAUGUGCUUAGAGACAGUCCAGACUUCUGGGGCCCUUUGCUUGUUGUGGUUGUAUAUGCAAUGCUGGCAUUGUUGGGACAAUUUAAGGUUAGUCAAUAAUUUUUUUGUCAAUUUAAGCAACAAGAACAUUAAAAAAGUAAUGGGUUUCGAGUGGCAAGACAACAACUUUACUCAUACAUGAGACACAUUUUUGUACAUUUUUUAGCCGUCGUUGCACGACUAUGACAUGAAAGUGCCUACAUGUAAUUUAAUGUUUUGUUGAGGACAGGACCACAAGACAACAACUUUGUUUUUCUUUACUUAAACUUCGAUAGGGUCCUUUAGAAUUCAACUCCAAAAAAAUUUGCCAACAUUUGAUGAAUUAAACGAGAUGGAACAAGUGCGAUAAAGUUUUAGGCAGUGCAAAUUCACUUUUCAAGUGAUGUUUUGGUAGCCGUAGCUGUCGUGUUUGUUAAAGCUCCCUAAUAAUAAGAAAAGGGGCAAUAUCAUCAUAGAGUAGUGAUCAAUAUUAUUACACUCAGUAGGUGUACAUUAUUUUGAUUUUAUUGACAUAAUUCUCUUGCUCUACCUUGGCUGAAAAGGCUUAGAGACGGGGUGUCAGUUAAGAUAAUAGCAUACAUGACCUUAACAAGGCUCGCAAUUAGCUUAUCCAUUGAAGCAUCAGCUGGCAUGGCAACACAACAGAGCAUAGAAUAAAUGUACUGACCACUGAGUUAUUAACUUAACAGGUUGUCUCAUGGAUAAUAACAAUAUGGCUGCUGGGAUCCCUUAUUAUUUUCUUGCUGGCCAGAGUGCUGGGAGGAGAAGUGAGUUUUCAGAAUUGAUUAAUAAAUAAAAGCACUGGUGUUUCAUGCCAUACCAGAUGUAUAUACUGCUAUUUCGAGAAAGGUUGUCGGAAAAAAUGUGCACGCAACAAAUCCCAAAAGGUAAUAUGGGAUGUGCGCAAUACACUGUUCCUGACGCUGUAGCUGUCGAACCUGCUUUUGUUGCUUUCCUUUAGCACUCACAGACACAUGUCCAUGGCUUCUCUUGCCAUUCUUUCAAAUUUCUUUGAAAAACAGAGAACUCAAAACCACCCACAAUACCUUUCGGGCUUGUCAUGUGCACUUUAUCUGACAACCUUUCUCAAAUUAGCUUUAUGUUGUUUGGAGAAAAGUGAUGUUUACCACACUUGGUGCUUGAAGACUACCCACAAUGUUAUGGUACAGACCCAUUCAAAAUAUACUUAAUAGUUUUGUUACAUUUCAGGUAAACUACUCUCAGUGCUUGGGAGUGAUUGGCUACUCACUUAUUCCGCUUGUUCUGACUGCUGCCGCUCUGCCUUUGGUCCAUUAUUUUCCCAUGGUUAGCUUCAGUGUCAAGGUAAUUAACAGAAAUUUGCUCAAACAAAAACUCCUUGUUCUGUCAAGGCUGCAGCUGAACUUGUAACCAGUGGUAGUGAUUUUGUUCAAAUUGAAACAAAAAUCAACCUUUGAAAAAAACCUAAGGCUUCCAAAAAAAAGUUUAAAAAAAUCUCUGGAACAAAACUCAACCCAGCUCCAAGAAUUUCCUAGUGCCUUACUUGCAGAACUAUGUGGCAAGGAUACGUAAGCAUUACCAGAAAUCUCCAGAUUCUUUUGAAUUCCCUCAAAACUACUUAAAUCCAGCCACAUGCACACACACACAAAUACUUGCCAAAUUUUCCUGCCCAGUCUAUUAAAUUCAAGAAUUGAAAAUUUCAAACCCAGAGAGAUUCUGCGAUCAUCCCUGUCACUUGAAAUCCAGAGUACCCCGCCACUCCUAGUUUUCUUGCUCUUCAGUUAGUGCUUUAACUCUACUUUGGACCAGCGACCACAGUGUGCUGUGUGGUUAGCUCAUUUGCCUUUUUAGAUAAAUCCCACAGUCAUGAUCUCAGACAAAAAUAUGUUCUUUAUUCAUGUUGUCUCAGAUGCUGGGCAAGAAAUGUUUAUCCCUGUUGAGGUUUAACAAAGAACCUAGAAAUAGAUGGUCUCAUUGAGGCCCCAAAAACGACCUGUUGCUAUCUUUGUUCUGGGAUGCUCUCCUGUGAAUGGCCUACAUUGUAUCUUGCGAGGCGCAAUAAUGACAUGUUAAAAUUCUGUGAGCUCUGAAGGCACAGAGCUUGGUUUCAAAGUGUUAACUUCUUUCUUCAUUAUACUCUCAUAAUGCUUUCUUAAGAUAUCCUGUCCCAGGGAACAAUCACAAUACAGUGAAACCUCUAUUAAGUGGAUCCCCAAUUAAGUGGGACAACCUCUGUUUAGCGGACACUAAGCUGGGUCCCAAAAGGAACAUCUGAUAUUUCCCUUUGUAACAAACCCCUAUUCUGCAGACACCUCUAUUAAGUGAACACGGACACUAAAAUAAGUUGUAUUUGGCUAAUUUCUAUUGUUAAAAACCUCUAUUAAGCGGACACCAGACAGAAUUGACAAUAGUAGUGUUGGAUUACGUCCUUGAAAUACGUACUGAAGUCAGUUAAUGUUUUUGCAUUUACAAACAAAUUAAAGUUGGUAAUGAAAGGUAAUGAACUUAAACUCUGGAUAGCUUCUUUGUGAUAACAAUAAUAGUGUCAUCAAUAUUCUGUCAUCUUGAGAAGUAAUAUUGUUGGCAUUACCUCAUAAUAAUAUUUACUGUGUUUUUCCAGUGAAGAACUUGACAUUGAUUUGCAAGAUAUCUACUACAAGGUGCGUUGUGUUGUGUUUCCAAUUCCAUCACUGGGAUUCAAGAGAGAUGUGCUUAGAGACAGUCCAGACUUCUGGGGCCCUUUGCUUGUUGUGGUUGUAUAUGCAAUGCUGGCAUUGUUGGGACAAUUUAAGGUUAGUCAAUAAUUUUUUUGUCAAUUUAAGCAACAAGAACAUUAAAAAAGUAAUGGGUUUCGAGUGGCAAGACAACAACUUUACUCAUACAUGAGACACAUUUUUGUACAUUUUUUAGCCGUCGUUGCACGACUAUGACAUGAAAGUGCCUACAUGUAAUUUAAUGUUUUGUUGAGGACAGGACCACGAGACAACAACUUUGUUUUUCUUUACUUAAACUUCGAUAGGGUCCUUUAGAAUUCAACUCCAAAAAAAUUUGCCAACAUUUGAUGAAUUAAACGAGAUGGAACAAGUGCGAUAAAGUUUUAGGCAGUGCAAAUUCACUUUUCAAGUGAUGUUUUGGUAGCCGUAGCUGUCGUGUUUGUUAAAGCUCCCUAAUAAUAAGAAAAGGGGCAAUAUCAUCAUAGAGUAGUGAUCAAUAUUAUUACACUCAGUAGGUGUACAUUAUUUUGAUUUUAUUGACAUAAUUCUCUUGCUCUACCUUGGCUGAAAAGGCUUAGAGACGGGGUGUCAGUUAAGAUAAUAGCAUACAUGACCUUAACAAGGCUCGCAAUUAGCUUAUCCAUUGAAGCAUCAGCUGGCAUGGCAACACAACAGAGCAUAGAAUAAAUGUACUGACCACUGAGUUAUUAACUUAACAGGUUGUCUCAUGGAUAAUAACAAUAUGGCUGCUGGGAUCCCUUAUUAUUUUCUUGCUGGCCAGAGUGCUGGGAGGAGAAGUGAGUUUUCAGAAUUGAUUAAUAAAUAAAAGCACUGGUGUUUCAUGCCAUACCAGAUGUAUAUACUGCUAUUUCGAGAAAGGUUGUCGGAAAAAAUGUGCAAGCAACAAAUCCCAAAAGGUAAUAUGGGAUGUGCGCAAUACACUGUUCCUGACACUGUAGCUGUCGAACCUGCUUUUGUUGCUUUCCUUUAGCACUCACAGACACAUGUCCAUGGCCUCUCUUGCCAUUCUUUCAAAUUUCUUUGAAAAACAGGGAACUCAGAACCACCCACAAUACCUUUCGGGCUUGUCGUGUGCACUUUAUCUGACAACCUUUCUCAAAUUAGCUUUAUGUUGUUUGGAGAAAAGUGAUGUUUACCACACAUGGUGCUUGAAGACUACCCACAAUGUUACAGUACAGACCCAUUCAAAAUAAACUUAAUAAUUUUGUUACAUUUCAGGUAAACUACUCUCAGUGCUUGGGAGUGAUUGGCUACUCACUUAUUCCGCUUGUUCUGACUGCUGCUGCUCUGCCUUUGGUGCAUUAUUUUCCCAUGGUUAGCUUCAGUGUCAAGGUAAUCAACAGAAAUUUGCUCAAACAAAACCUCCUUGUUCUGUCAAGGCUGCAGCUGAACUUGUAACCAUUGAGUGUUCUUUUGUUCAAAUUGAAACAAAAAUCAACUUUGAAAAAAACCUAAGGCUUCCAAAAAAUAAAAAAAUCCCUGGAACAAAACUCAAUCCAGCUCCAAGAAUUUCCAAGUGCCUUACUUGAAGAACUAUGUGGCAAGGAUACAUAAGCACUACCAGAAAUCUCCAGAUUCUUUUGAAUUCCCUCAAUACUUGCCAAAUUUUCCUGCCCAGUCUAAUAAAUUCAGGAAUUGAAAAUUUCAAACCCAGAGAGAUUCUGCAAUCUCCCUGUCACUUGAAAUCCAGAGUACCCUGCCGCUCCUAGUUUUCUUGCUCUUCAGUUAAUGCUUUAACUCUACUUUGGACCAGCAACCACAGUGUGCUGAGUGGUUAGCUCAUUUGCCUUUUUAGAUAAAUCUCACAGUCAUGAUCUCAGACAAAAUUAUGUUCUUUAUUCAUGUUGUCUCAGAUGCUGGGCUAGAAAUGUUUAUCCCUGUUGAGGUUUAACAAAGAACCUAGAAAUAGAUGGUCUCAUUGAGGCCCCAAAAACGACCUGUUACUAUCUUUGUUCUGGGAUGCUCUCCUGUGAAUGGCCUACAUUGUAUCUUGCGAGGCGCAAUAAUGACAUGUUAAAAUUCUGUGAGCUCUGAAGACACAGAGCUUGGUUUCAAAGUGUUAACUUCUUUCUUCAUUAUACUCUCAUAAUGCUUUUUUAAGAUAUCCUGUCCUAAUAGAGGUUUCACUGUAUUGUGAUCGUUCCCUUAAGCGGAUCCCCAAUUAAGCGGACACCCUCUAUUUAGCGGACACUAAGCUGGGUCCCAAAACGAACGUCUGAUAUUUCCCUUUGUAACGAACCCCUAUUCUGCAGACACCUCUAUUAAGCGGACGCGGACACUAAAAUAAGUUGUAUUUGGCUAAUUUCUAUUGUUAAAAACCUCUAUUAAGCGGACACCGGACAGAAUUGACAAUAGUAGUGUUGGAUUACGUCCUUGAAAUACGUACUGAAGUCAGUUAAUGUUUUUGCAUUUACAAACAAAUUAAAGUUGGUAAUGAAAGGUAAUGAACUUAAACUCUGGAUAGCUUCUUUAACAACAUGCAACUUUAUCACAGUUCAGAGUAACCAUUGAGUGUUGAUCAUUAACAAACAUUGUGCAAUUUUUACAACCCUUAUUAAGCGGACACCCUCUAUUAAGCGGACACUUGGGAAGGUCCCAAAGGUGUCCUCUUAAUAGAAGUUUCACUGUAUUAUUUGUUUUUGUUGAAAGCAUCAUCAUGGUAACAUCCAUUAAUUAUUUUUUCCAUUUCAGCUGUUUGGUGUGGUUUGGGCAUCAUACAGCGCAGGAUCUCUCCUCAUACAAGAUGAACUCAAGAACAAAAGACUGUUACUCAUGUACCCAAUAUUACUCCUCUAUAUCUACUUCUUUUCUCUGUAUACUGGUGCAUGA